AUGAAAAUAUUUUUAUUAAUAUUUUGUUUAUGUUUAUUUGAAAAAAUAUUGUCAAUUGAUGAUGGUACUGAUAGGUGUUUAGAACCAUUAGAUUCUGGACCUUGUCAAUAUUAUACAACUAAAUGGUUUUUUGAUUCUAAAGAUGAAACAUGUAAAGAAUUUUAUUAUGGUGGAUGUUUAGGAUCUAGAAAUAGAUUUGAUAAUAAGCAACAAUGUAUAAAACAAUGUUUAUACAAAGAACAUAAUCCAGUUUCUAUUCCUGAUUUAUGUUUAUUGGAUCAUGAUCCAGCUCAUUGCCCUGAUGAUCGUAUUGGCCAAUGGUGGUAUUAUUUUAAUGCUAAUACAGGUGAUUGUGAAAAAUUUUAUUAUUAUGGUUGUGGUGGUAAUAAUAAUAAAUUUUAUUCUCUUUAUCAGUGUCGAAAAGUUUGUGGUGAAAGAUUAGCACCUCAAAUUGCUUGUGAUAAAUGUGAUGUUAGAACAUCAUUUUGUAAACAACAUACAAAAUUUAAUUAUACAUGUGAAUGUUUACCUGGAUAUGAAAAAGAUAUUUAUGGAAAUUGUAAUGAUAUUGAUGAAUGUCGAAAUGGUGAUAAUAAUUGUCAUGUUGAUGCUUGGUGUACAAAUGUUUUAGGAUCUUUUAGUUGUUCAUGUAAAGCAGGUUAUGUAGGUGAUGGUAAAAAUGAAUGUAUUUUUGUUGGAUUAGGUAAAAGUACUAAUGAUUGUUCAGAAUGUUCAGAAUAUGCUACUUGUAGUCAAGGUGUUUGCCAAUGUAAAAAAGGAUAUCAAGGUGAUGGUUUUACAUGUGAAGAUGUUAAUGAAUGUUAUUCCACUCCAUAUCCAUGUGACAGAAAUGCAGAAUGUAAAAAUACUAAUGGAUCAUUUAUAUGUGAAUGUCUUAAAGAUUAUGCUGGAAAUGGUUAUUAUUGUACUCAAGAUAAAAGAUCAUGUUUAGAUAAAUUUAAUGAAGGAUAUUCUAAACAAUGUGGAAAUGAAAAUUGGAGAGAAAAUUAUUAUUAUGAUCAUAAUUCAAAAAGAUGUACUUUAUUUUGGUAUGAUGGAUGUAAAGAAACUUCAAGAAAUAUAUUUAAUGAUUUAAAUACUUGUGAAAAGAUGUGUGAAGAAAGUCAUGUAUUAGCUAGAUCACAAAUUUGUUGGGAUAAAUUUGACACUAAUUAUAGGAAUCAAUGUUUAUCAGGUAAUUGGCAACAGCGUUACUAUUUUGAUCAUGCAUCAUUAACAUGUAAAUUAUUCUGGUAUGAUGGUUGUAAAGGAGAAUCUAGGAAUAUGUUUGAAGAUCUUUUAACAUGUCAAUGGUUAUGUGAAGAGACACCAAAAUAUAAAGGUAAAGUAUGUUUAGAGGAAUUUGAUGAUAAAUAUAGAGAAGAAUGUAAUGGAGGUAAUUGGAUACAACAAUAUUAUUAUAAUAAAAAAACAAGAAAAUGUAAUUCUUUUUGGUAUGAUGGAUGUAAAGGAGAUUCUCAAAAUAUUUUUCAAGAUGAAGCUACUUGUCAUGCAAUGUGUGAAAAACCAGCACAAGAAGAUAUACAUUUAAAUAUUGUCAGUUAUAAAGAUAAGCAUACUGCUAAAGAAGAAAUUGAAAAGAUGAAUUUAGUUGAAAAUAAUAUAACCAAUCCAUGUGAUAUAUUUAAUCCAUGUCAAAAUAACGGGUCAUGUCUAUAUGAUUAUAAAAAACAAAUAUCAUACUGUAAAUGUGCUCCUGGAUUUACUAAUGAAAAUUGUACAGAUGUUAGCGAAUUUGAUCCAUGUUUAACUAAUCCUUGUCAAAAUGGUGGAACAUGUGAAAAAACAAAUAAAACAAAGUCUAGUUAUGAAUGUUUAUGUCCAAAGAGAGUUACAGGAAUGAAUUGUGAAUUGAAACCAUGUGAUCCAAAUCCAUGUCUUAAUAAUGGAACAUGCCGAACAACAAGAGGUUCAAAUACAUUUUUCUGUGACUGUAUAAAUAAUUAUGGUGGUAAGAUAUGUGAUCAUAAAAUAGGAGGAACAAAAGAAGAGGAAUAUGGAAAAAAUGUAAAAUUAAUUAGUUCUGGGAACAUUGAAUGGGUAGAGGAAAUGAAAAAACAAUUUGCUAAAAAUAAAUCAAAAAAUAAUUUAACGGGACCAUUAGCUGAUGAACCGGAAAAAGAAGAGACUAUUGAAGCCUCACAUGCAACAAUAUCCGGUCCAGCUGCACAAGUGGGAGGAAAAGAUGGUGGAGGAUUAACAAAAUCAUCUUCAUCAAAACAAACUUUUCAAGCUUUACCAAUUUUAAUAGUAUUUUCUAUAUCUCUUUUACAUAUCUUUACUUCUUCUUUUUAUAUAUCCUAUUGUUAA